ACUCCUCAUCUACUCAAGACUCUAUAAAACCAACCAAAUCUGAACCUUUUUCUCUCAUCAUCUUCUUCUACAUCAAACAAAAACCUCUCUAAGAAAAUCUCAACAAAAAAAUGGCACCAAGAUCAGAGAAAAUGGAAGGAGGAGUUAGUAAAACUACAGAGACUGUUAAGGAAAUACACUACAGAGGAGUGAGGAAGAGGCCAUGGGGGAGAUACGCAGCAGAAAUUCGAGAUCCUGGUAAGAAGAGUAGAGUUUGGUUGGGUACUUUUGAUACAGCUGAAGAAGCUGCUAAGGCUUAUGAUACUGCUGCUAGAGAAUUUCGUGGAUCUAAAGCUAAGACUAAUUUUCCGAUUUCUGAUGUUGUUGAUAUUAAGAACCACCAGCAGAAUCAGAAUCAGAAUCAAAAUCAAAAUCAAAAUCAGAACCCUAAUAAUUGUAGUAAUGAGCAGACUACUAGUCAGAGAAGUACCGUGGAAUCGUCCAGUCCUGAUAAUCAAGUUUUUUCUGUUGAUUCGUCGAGGCUGGAUCUUGAUUUGAUUCAUCGUGUUGGUGUUUCUAAUGGUGGUGGUACAACAAAUGUUGCUGGUUUUAACGGAGGAUUUGUGGAUAAUUCUGGUUUUAUUAUGAGAUUUCCUUUUCAUCAUCUUCAUCCUCUUCAACAACAACAAUAUCAUCCUUCUUCAUUGUCGUAUUUGGAUUCCAUUAUGAGAUCAAAGAUGAUGAUUGAUCAUCAAAAUCAUUAUAAUCAUCAGUUCGUGAAAACUACUACUACUGCUGCUACUCCAUUAGAUUUUUUCAAGAGAGGAGGAGAAGUACAACAGACUCAGCAGCAAGAACACAGCGAUUCUGAUUCAUCAACUGUCGUUGAUUUCAAAAUCAACCAUCCUAAAAAAGAACUCGUUCUUGAUCUUGAUCUUAACUUCCCUCCACCACCUGAAGUCGGUUCUAGUUAGAUCUCUAAUUUUUACAUUUUGUCAAAUCAAAAAAAAAAGAAAGGAAAGAAAGGUAUGAGCAGUUUUCUGAUUUUGGUUAGUCCAAUUUCUUUUUUUGUAUAAGAAGAAGACUGUGUAAAUAUUCAAAUCAAAAAUCAUCAGAUUUAGCCUUCUUUCUUUCUUCACUGUAUUUCUUUUUACCAAAUGGAAAUGAAAAAAAAACUUAAUUUCUCAA